AGAACGUGUACACAGGCUGACUAAGUUGCAGAGCUUUAUCCUUCUCUUCCGUGUUCCGACACUAGCACAUUGACCUCGUCCCGACCUUGUUGUAGCUCUUGCGUGGUACAUGACUUGCAUAUGAAACUCAUGCUUCGCCCUGAAUGGAGGCUCUGGCCGAUCUCAACUUUCCUUGGUGUUACUGACCUCAAAACUGGCGUCAUUGUUGCCCUACUGUUCGCACUCCUCAACAAAGUAGCAGGCGUGUACGGCCUGAUCGCUGUUCUGACCGGUGCAGGUGGCACUUUUGCACAGCUCAGUCUGUACUUGUAUUCAGUUCUCGGUCUCGUCGCACUGAGCUGGGGACUGAAAUCCGUCAAAGAUGAAAAUCCUCAGCACACACUCUAUUUUGCAUACUUUUUCUUCGUCGACCACAUUUUCUCAACAGCUUGGACAGUAUUCUUCUCCAUCCUUUGGUGGAGUCAUACCUUGCAUGACGGGCAGCAAAUAUCCAAUUCGCGUGCGCAGGAGGCCAUACGGAAUGGUGCACCAGCUGUAAACCACACUAUGACGGAUGCGCAGCGGGCUGCCGAAGCAAAUAUCUUGUGGGAUGAGGAGAAGGGCACCGCCAUGGGUGUUAUUGUCGUCAGCUGGCUUGCAAAGAUAUAUUUUGCACUAUUGCUCUACUCAUACGCCACGCACCUCCGCAAGGGCUCUUACAACUCCAUCCGACACUUCCGUUCAUAUUCAAGUACUCCCACAGGCUACACCGCAGCACUCACCGAAGAAGAGGAUGAAGUUGAUGAUUUUUACCUACCCUCGAUACGAAAGAACCAGCCCUCGCAUGCUCCAAGUGACUCUAUAUCACACCUUCCAAACGGAUCUACACCAUAUUUCCCCAACGGUUCUGCUUCACACUCGCAAAAUGGCUCCUCUUCCCAUGUUGCCAAUGGCUCGAUAUCGCAUCUGCCCGAUUUUGUGAGCGCCCCAGGAAGACACGGGAGGAAAGCGAGCAGGGGCUCGUCAGGGAAGACCAAUAUACCCGGGAGGAAAAGUGAGGGGAAUGGGGAGGUUAUAUUUGAAGACGCCGGGUCGUAGUACUUGUUGGUAAUAUACCUUUUUCGCAUUGUUUGGCAAUAUAUCGACGAACAUAAUAUUUACGAUAGAAUAAAUGGCAGAGCCCUUGGUGUCGAUUCAGCAAUGCGAUGAGGGUGUUGAUCUGCUAGUCAGUCAUGUAUUGGCACUAUCCUUAAAAGACGAGGCAAGCCUUCGUAUAGAGCGCUGGAUUCUUUAGCUG